GUCGUCGUCGUCGUCGUCGUCGUCGUCGUCGUCGUCGUUAUCAUGAUCACUAUGACCAUCAUCUGCAGCCGUUUUGGCUCCCCCGCUGCUGGUCGAGUCAGCGUGGACGUGUUUUUGAAACGAGAGUGCUUCCCUUGUUGGUGUUCAGUCCAGCCUCUCCACUUUUUGUAAAUUUCGUCAUCAUUGUCUAGCAAUGGCUAAUUCGUCCACCCUAGCUUCCGCCGCGCUCGUGGCUGCUGCCGCGGCAGCCCUUUGCGGGGGCUUGUCCUUCGUAGCACCAUCAAGCCAGGCUCAGUUGCAGAUGCCCGUCCAGUCGCAAUCUGCCUUGGGCGCCCCCGAGUCGACCACCCCACUGCCAGUGGCCAGCUCGGCGCCAGCAGCCGUCAGCCUUGCCCUGAUUGGCCUCUCUGCAGCGUUUGCGUUCGCAUCCCGCCAGGCCCUCGCCGCCACCCGCAAGGCCACGACCGUGCCCGCACGGAACCGUCUGGUAUCCGUCGCUGCGUUCGAGAGCGAGCUGGGCGUUCAGGACCCGGUGGGCUUCUGGGACCCUGCUGGGUUCACGGCGGAUGGUAGCACGGAGAAUUUCGCCAGGCGACGCCAGACAGAGCUGAAGCACGGCCGCGUGAGCAUGCUGGCUACCAUGGGCUACAUCACGCCUGAAAUCACCGGCAAGCUGCCUGGCUAUCUGUCGCCUUCGGCUGGCCUGAAGUUCGCAGACAUCCCGAACGGGCUCGGCGCGAUCUCCAAGGUUCCCGCGGCGGGCUGGGCGCAGAUCGUGGCGUACGGCGCGUUCUGCGAGCUGUCCCAGGACCAGUCCGCUGGCACCGCUGCCGCGGCCGGCGACUUCGGCUUCAAGGUGCUUACGUCCAGCGACCCCGCGGAGAAGCAGAAGAAGCUUGCGGCAGAGAUCGCGAACGGUCGCCUUGCCAUGAUGGCCAUCAUCGGCAUGUUCUUCCAGGACGGUUGACGGGCUCCGCCUGGGGCGACUGGGCGCUCUACACGGGAUCCCCGCUGCGCGCGUUCGAGAGCGAGCUUGGCGUUCAGGACCCGGUGGGCUUCUGGGACCCUGCUGGGUUCACGGCGGAUGGUAGCACGGCGAACUUCGCCAGGAGGCGCCAGACAGAGCUGAAGCACGGCCGCGUGAGCAUGCUGGCGACCAUGGGCUACAUCACGCCCGAAAUCACCGGCAAGCUGCCAGGCUACCUGUCGCCUUCGGCUGGCCUGAAGUUCGCGGACAUCCCGAACGGGCUCGGUGCGAUCUCCAAGGUUCCCGCGGCGGGCUGGGCGCAGAUCGUGGCGUACGGCGCGUUCUGCGAGCUGUCCCAGGACCAGUCCGCUGGCACCGCUGCCGCGGCCGGCGACUUCGGCUUCAAGGUGCUUACGUCCAGCGACCCCGCGGAGAAGCAGAAGAAGCUGGCGGCGGAGAUCGCGAAUGGCCGCCUUGCCAUGAUGGCCAUCAUCGGCAUGUUCUUCCAGGACGGUCUGACUGGCUCCGCCUGGGGCGACCCGGUGGGCUUCUGGGACCCUGCUGGGUUCACGGCGGAUGGUAGCACGGAUUCGCGGACAUCCCGAACGGGCUCGGUGCGAUCUCCAAGGUUCCCGCGGCGGGCUGGGCGCAGAUCGUGGCGUACGGCGCGUUCUGCGAGCUGUCCCAGGACCAGUCCGCUGGCACCGCUGCCGCGGCGGGUGACUUCGGGUUCAAGGUGCUGACGUCCAGCGACGCCGGGGAGAAGCAGAAGAAGUUGGCAGCUGAGAUCGCCAACGGUCGUCUGGCCAUGAUGGCGAUCAUCGGCAUGUUCUUCCAGGACGGCCUGACCGGCUCUGCCUGGGGCGACUGGGCGCUCUACACUGGGUCUCCGCUGCGCGCGUUCGAGACUGAGCUGGGCGUGCAGGACCCAGUUGGCUUCUGGGACCCUGUUGGGUUCACGGCGGAUGGUAGCACGGCUAAUUUCGCCCGCCGGCGCCAGACCGAACUGAAGCACGGCCGCGUGAGUAUGCUGGCGACGAUGGGCUACAUCACCCCAGAGAUUACCGGCAAGCUGCCCGGGUAUUUGUCGCCGUCCGCGGGCCUGAAGUUCGCGGACAUCCCGAACGGGCUCGGUGCGAUCUCCAAGGUUCCCGCGGCGGGCUGGGCGCAGAUCGUGGCGUACGGCGCGUUCUGCGAGCUGUCCCAGGACCAGUCCGCUGGCACCGCUGCCGCGGCUGGCGACUUCGGCUUCAAGGUGCUUACAUCCAGCGACCCCGCGGAGAAGCAGAAAAAGCUUGCGGCGGAGAUCGCGAACGGUCGCCUUGCCAUGAUGGCCAUCAUCGGCAUGUUCUUCCAGGACGGUCUGACGGGCUCCGCCUGGGGCGACUGGGCGCUCUACACGGGAUCCCCGCUGCGCGCGUUCGAGAGCGAGCUUGGCGUUCAGGCCCCUGUGGGAUUCUUUGACCCGCUGGGGCUGACCAAGGACGGCGAUACCACCACGUUCUUGCGCCGCCGCAACACCGAGAUCAAGCACGGGCGCGUCGCCAUGUGGGCUUGCAUUGGGUACAUCGUGCCCGAGUACUUCCGGUGGCCUGGCUUCUGCUCGCCGUCAGCUGGUGUCUCGUUCGCGGACGUGCCGAACGGCCUGGCGGCACUGUCCAAGGUGCCUGCCUUUGGCUGGUGCCAGAUCAUCGCCUUCUGCGGUUCCUUGGAGAAGAACGUGUUCGUGUACGACCCCCGCCGUGGCCCUGGCGACUUCGACACCGCUGGCGCGCUGGGCGUGCCUGGGGCAAAGGGCAUGGACGACCCCGAGUCGCGGAAGAAGAAGCUCAACGCCGAGAUCGCAAAUGGCCGCCUCGCAAUGAUGGCCGUCAUCGGCAUGUUCUACCAGGACGGCCUCACUGGCUCGGCCUGGGGCGACUGGGCCCUCUACACCGACUCACCCCUGCGGGCCUACGAGAAUGAGCUGGGCGUGCAGGCGCCGGUCGGCUUCUGGGACCCUGCAGGGUACUGCGUGGAUGGCUCCGCUGCCGACUUCACGAGGCGCCGCGUUACGGAGAUCAAGCACGGCCGCGUGGCUAUGUGGGCUUGCAUGGGGUACAUCGUCCCCGAGUACUUCAAGUGGCCAGGGUUUCUGUCACCGACCGCUGGCAUCAAGUUCACGGACGUGCCGAACGGCCUGGGAGCCCUCUCGAAGGUGCCGGCUUACGGCUGGGUCCAGAUGAUCGCCUUCGCUGGCGCCCUCGACACUGGCUUCUUCGUGUACGACGAAUCCCGCGAGCCCGGCGACUAUGCCAAUGGCGGCGUCUUGGGCGUCCCGAACGCCAGCGGCCCGAUGGAGGACAAGGAUGCUCGCAAGACGAAGCUCAACGCUGAGCUUGCGAACGGUCGGCUGGCAAUGAUGGCUAUCAUCGGCAUGUUCUUCCAGGACGGCCUCACCGGCAGCGCAUGGGGCGACUGGGCGCUGUACACUGGCUCCCCGCUCCGCUGAGCGUGCGCGAAGCCUCGGCGUUCUUACCGCGCACUGGGGCCAAUGACAAAACCGGAGCAGCCCUUCUCCUCUUCCUCCGAUGCCCCACCCUCUCCCCCUCGCCUUCUCUUCGCGGGGCAGUUGCGUCGAGCGCCCCGCCUCUCUACUAAUCGCGGUUUGCCAGGUGAGCCCACUUUCCACAGGUUACGCCAUAUGCUGCAGCAGGCACCUACUCGGGUCACUACAUUGCGACGUCCAUGGUCUGAUUUUACCUCCCCUUGGUUGCGCCAGAGGUUCCGGCAGACACCCAUUCGAGACACAAAGUUGCUUAGCCCAUUUGGAGUCUACCCUCCGUGAGUUGCGCUUCGGGCCACCAUCACGACGCCCAUUUUGAAGUUUGCCUUUCAUUUACGUCUUGCUCGAUCAGUUACACCACACAAGGUUCUGGUGGACAAUCUAUUCGGCAGCCAAGUCGAGACUGCAGCUCCUGCACAUCACAACUAGGACUUCGUGCGUAGUAUGGUAGCAGCACCGUGCAGAACUACCAUAUUGGAGGAGGUGGUGGUAGUAGUAGUAGUAG